UUGACGUGAACGGUUGGUGUUGGUGAAUGGAAAAUAUUUUUCAUGAGAUCGCCCUCAUUGAAUUAUUUAGUGAAUUUUGGUGAUUUAUUAUAAUAAAUUAAACAUAUUUCGUGAAAAUGUUGUGAUGAUGUGAUGUGUCGUAUAUUUUAAUAAAAAAUGGAGUCUACAACAAGCCAAAAAGUGACAUGUGUGGCAAACUAUGCAUAUGAUGCAUCCGAGCCAGAUGAGCUAAGCAUCCGGCCGGGGGACGUGGUGCGCGAGGUGGAGCGUCUACCGGGUGGCUGGUGGCGCGGAGAGCUGCGUGGCCGCCGCGGCAUGUUCCCAGAUAACUUUGUCUCUGUCAACAAUGAACAUAACUCCAGCAACAGAUCGGUGAGUGCACAAGGCCGAUGCCGUGCUGUCUUCAGCUACCAGCCCGCUAAUCCCGAUGAGUUACCACUCUGUGUUGGUGACGUCUUAGAGGUUCUUGGUGAGGUAGAGGAGGGUUGGUGGCAGGGGCGCCGCCAGGGCCGUGUGGGCGUGUUCCCCUCCAACUUUGUGGUGAUGUUGGAGCCCUCGCAGACCCAGCCCGCGCACCCAUAUGAGCCCGCGCCCGCUCUGCCGCCAAAACCUGUGAAGGAGCAAUGCCGCGUGCUGUUUCCGUACACGGCGGUGAACGAGGACGAGCUGACGCUGGCGGAGGGCGAAGUGGUCACCAUCCUGUCCAAGGAUGCGCCCGACCGCGGCUGGUGGCGCGGCGAGUUGCACGGCCGUGUCGGACUAUUCCCCGACAACUUCGUGCAGCUUCUCCCUCCUGUAACACAAGAAGUAGACGAGAAAAAGCCGGACAGGCCGCCAGUUAAGACAACAAACGCCAUAUAUCCAGUACUAAACAAGUAUUCAGAGAAAACGGCGUCAGUGAAGGAGCUGAGUACAUCGAAAAUAAGCCUGCACAAAGAGAGCACGACUAGCAAAGAAAGCAGUACAAGCAGUGCAAGUACAGUGACACACUCCAGUAAGCUGGAAUCAGAGAAGAUCGUACACAAUGACACCGUCAAUGACACCCCAGAUGGACAAGUAAAGAAGCCACCUGUUCCCUUGAAGAAAAGUCCGACUCCAUCGUCCGGAGUCAGCGGACUGUUUAGUGGUCUCAAGAAUAAAAUGUUGUCAUCCUCCGACAAAGAGAAGUCAUCAACUAUAUCGAGUGGUAGUAGCAGUAGUGGAGAGUGGGAUAAGAUUGAUGGUGGUGUUUCAAGCAAGGCAACCACUAAUGCCACUGCUAAUGCCACACCUAAUGCCACACCUAAUGCCACACCUAAUGCCACGCCCAAUGCCAAUGUACCGAACAAUGUAACAGCAAAUAAUGUCAAUACAUUCGACCAUGUUGAAAGAAAUUCUAUACUGAAUGACCCUAGAGCUGGAAGAGUGAAAGCUCCCAGACGCCGGCCGCCCAGUCAGGCACUACGCGACGACACGCCGCAACAAAUCGGACUUAGUAACGGACAUGAAGUUCCCACAGAAAAGCCCAGCGGUGACAAAUUAGACGAAAUAAGGCCACGGGCUCGCGAGUGGGAGAAGCAUCGGGUGCCUUGGAUGGACGAGCUGAAAAUGAGCCAGGCUAAAAAGACCAGCUUCACUGAUACCAAGUCUCGCUCCGUCUCCACCUCCUCGGACACCGGCGUCGCCAGCAAAGCUGGUGGUGGCAGCACCGACAGAAUACUUGAAUGCGGUCUAGAAGAAAGGAAAACGUCAACACACUCUAUGGAAAUGUCGAAGAGCACCUCCUCUAUAAGCAAUAGAAUAUCGGUACUCGAAAGCUUUGAAGAGACAAAGACGCGACACUCGCUCGAGUCAAAGAAUGUGAAUAGUAACUCGCGGGACGAGUCAGUUAACUUGAACAAAACUGUUCCUCCUCUGCCCUCCCCCACCGCCGCUGGACGGACGUUAACAGCGAUGCUAGAAGAACUAAAAAAACCUUCCACACCGCCGAUGACAGCCGCUCGAAGCGAACCCCUCACAGACAGAUCGCCUAAAUACGACAAGAUUGUCACAAGUACGGAGAAAAUCAGCGAAAUCAACUCUAUAACCAAGUCUUCAGCGAUUAUAGAGAAGACCAGCGUUAUAGAGAGACCAGAGAAGACCGAGGAGAAGACGGAAAGACCGGCCGCGUUGUCUGUCGGCGCGAGCACAUUGGAGAGGCGAUCUCAUUCUGUCAAAUCGGACUCUAAGAUUGAGGCUACUGAUGCGUUAAUCGCACAACUUAAUUGCAGGAUAACAAACCUAGAGAAGCUAUUAGAAGUACAGAACGCAAAGUUCAAUGCGGCCAUUGAAGAACUGACAUACAAAUUAACAGUGGAAACGGAGAAGAGACAGACGCUGCAAUCAGAACUGGAGAAAUUAGCGCAGUGUGUCACACAAGUCUAGCCCAUACAUACAUUGAUAUGGAUUAUGUGGCAUGAUAUAGUGAAUUAGUGUAUGAAAACAGUUUUAUUGUGAGAUGUGGAAUUAUGUGAAAUAUUUGGCAAGUGUCAGUGUUGGCAAGUUACUACGCGUGCACACCCGGAUGACGUCAUGUACGUAAUGUAAGUUUACAUUGGAAACUGAACUCUAAUGAAAGCUACAUUAGAUUUCUUUUACAUUUUUUAUUGUGAACAUGUAUAAAUUUUUUAAAUGUGCAACCUAUUUACAUAUCUGAUUUAAAACUUUAAGUUUCUCUAACAAAAAUGUUAUGCAGUUUCCAUGUUACUUGUGGCUAUCAUUCUAUUCAGAGAGACCGGACAGUUGGUCAGAUUUUUUACAAAUCAAAUUAAGCUUUAUAAGAUUGGAACAAGGUUUAAUUUUACUUUUCAUGUCUUUUUGACAUUUGCACUUGAUAAAAAUCGAGAUGCAAAUUAAACACUAUUUCAAUUGUAUAAAGCUUAAUUUUAUUUGCAACAAUAAAAUCCAAACCGGUCUAUCUGAAAGGAGAAUAACAGUCUCUUUAAAAGAACAGUCUACAGUAUGUUUUUGUAAAAGUUAUUGGACAGUGGAAACUUAUGAUAAAGCAAUGUGGUUUGUACAACCAAUGUAUGAGUUAUAACUAAAUAUAACAAUUUAUUAUUUUAAAUAAUUUUAUUUAUAACUGUGGUACUGCUUUUAAAUUUAUAUUG